AUGUUAAGAUCAACCACUGUAACAGCUAAGAUAAACAACAUUUACAAGAAGAAAUUUGCAAGGUUUCUCCGUGCCAUCAUCAACAGAUUCAGCCCAACAGCAUCCCCAACAGCAUCCCCAACAGCUGCUUCAACAGCAGCUCCAACAGCAUCCCCAACAGCUGCUCCUACAGCAUCCCUAACAGUAUCCCCAACAGUAUCCCCAACAGCAUCCCCAACAGCAGCUCCAACAGCAUCCCCAACAGCAGCUCCAACAGCAUCCCCAACAGCAUCCCCAACAGCAGCUCCAACAGCAUCCCCAACAGCAUCCCCAACAGCAGCUCCAACAGCAUCCCCAACAGCAUCCCCAACAGCAGCCCCAACUGCACCUCCGACAACUGCUUCAACCAACCCACCAUCGUCAAGUGAGGGCAGUCUGGGUCUAACAUUCAGUCUGAACCAGAAUUUCAAUGCAGAUCUGUCUAAUUCAUCAUCUGCAGCAUUCCAGAAACUUGCUACCACUGUGAUAACUGAGAUAAACAACAUUUACAAGAAGAAAUUUGCAAGGUUUCUCCGUGCCAUCAUCAACAGAUUCAGGAGUGGAUCCGUUGUUGUUGAUAUGACACUCGUGUUCCAGAAUGAGUCGUCAGUUCCCUCUGCAAAUGAAGCAGAAUCAACUCUGAAUACAACCAUCACCGCUAACUCCACUUCCCUAAACAUUAUUCCUGGCAGUGUCAGUGCUCGAGGCACAACUACAACAGCAGCUCCAACAGCAGCCCCAACAGCAUCCCCAACAGCAUCCCCAACAGCUGCUCCAACAGCAGCUCCAACAGCAUCCCCAACAGCAUCCCCAACAGCUGCUCCAACAGCAGCUCCAACAGCAUCCCCAACAGCUCCAACUGCAGCUCAAACAACCACAACCCCUACUUCAGGAGGUCCUCCCAGACACACAACCUUCUCCAUGGCUGCCAUGACGCUGAUUCUGCUGCAAGUGGUACAGAUGUUGGCUGGCUUAUAGUCUGCACCACUGCUGCCUUUUAAGAAAGUGGAGCCAUAUCUGCCACUCACCAAGUAGAACAAGGCUGAACUAAUGAACUAUUCACACACCUUAAGUGGUAGUAAAAUAUUUUAAAAUUUGUAUUACUGAAGGAAACAUGAAUGCUGUAUUUUGUACAUUAUGUCCUUUACACAUCAUGAAUUUUGCCAAUGUUAUGUGGUAAAGUGGAAGUGUAUUUUAAAAUUAUAAAAAAUAUUACUUUUAUGUCAAAUACAUCUUUAACUAAUUUAAUACCCAUAUUUGUUUUCUCACAAAAGUUAUGACUUAUGUACAAUCCAAUAGGCAAAUAAAGUUUAAUGUGAUUUAUUAA